GGCGCCUCCAUCGAGGAGCAGCUCAUCGAAGCCUGCCGGCGCGACAACGUCGAGCUCUUGACCGAACUCCUCGAAGACAAGUCCGAUCCCGAAAUCUCCAAGCUGCUCAACGAAACCACAACCGUCAUGGGCAACCACCUCUACCACGAGGCUGCCUCCCGCGGUAACUACGACAUCAUCGACCACCUCCUCGACCAGCCCGACUUCGAAUGCGACCCCAUCAACCGUCUCGAGGGCGACACUCCCCUGCACUCCGCCGUCCGCUGGCUCAACGCCGAACCCGCCGCCCAGCGCCCCUUCGGCCACCACCUCAUCGACAUGAUGCUCGAGGCCGGCUCCAACCCGCGCAUCAAGAACAAGGGAGGUCUCACCGCCUUCCAGCUCGUCGACCCCCGCAACCAGGAGCUCCGCGACCUCAUCCAGCGCCACGAGUACGCCAACCAGAACGCCGGCGACUUCGUCAACGUCAGCACGCCCCCCAGCGCGCCCCCGCCUGGCAGGCCCGUCGACCCCGCGGAUCUCGCGGCCAAUGGCGCCCCGGAGAGCGACGAUGACGACGACGCCGAGUUCAGCGGUAGCGACGAGGAGGAGAGGGCCGAGUGGGAGCGCAGGAGAAAGAGCAAGGGCAAGCGGUAG